AUGAGGAUGAUCGAGAGCGUCGACCCUGCGGCGGGCGCGUCCGGCGAGGAGCUGUGGGCGCGGAUCUGCUCGUGCCCGCCCGGCGGCGCCGCCGCCUUCGCCGACUCCUUCGCCGAGGCCUCCGCCGAGGCGGGCGGCCCCGGGGCCGCGGCGGGCGGCGGCGGCGCCAAGGCCUGGGCCCCGCUGCAGGACUCGCAGCUCUACCUGGCCUCCCUGGAGAGAAGACUGAUGCGAAUUAAGGGCUUGUCCCAGGAGGUGACCUCCAAGGAGAUGCUGCGUACGCUUUCCCAGGCCAGGAAGGAAUGCUGGGACAGGUUCCUGCAGGAGAAGGUUGAGUCCGAAUGUUUCCUAGAGGGACAUGAAUCUGAUGAGAGCACACUGGAACACCUAAAGCGGUGGCUGCAGCCUGAUAAAGUGGCAAUCAGUACUGAAGAAGUCCAGUGCCUCAUCCCUCCGGAAUCCCAGRCGGAGAAGCAGGAGACCGAGGAAGAGCCUCCUGGAGCGGAGCAGUGAGGUGCACGCCAGUCACGCCACACAGCUGCCUCUUGCCCUAAUCCUGUUGCAGUUGUUGGCAGUUACAGUAAAAACAAGUUGGGGUUGAGGGACAGUGCCAAAUAUUGUUAGUUAAACCAGUUAAAAAAUCUGUGGAGCUGCAGGGCUAGUGACUGGUGGUUGUUAUUUGUAAGAGUGAAAUGCCCAUGACACACAGUGAGCGCUGAACUCGGGUCCUGCAUUGAUCUACUCCCAGCCUGUAGCAGCCUAAUGAUUCCAGUCCCAAUGCGAAUUGUGUGUAAAUCAGCAAGAGAGAUAUUGAACAAAAAGAAAAGCAGCUGUUGAGAAGCAUCAGAAAAUACCGCGCUCUAGAAUAGAACAGAUAAACUGUGGAAUUAGUUUUUCCUCCUGUUUUGUUAUGAUACUGGGCACGUUUUUCCUUGCUGCAAAGGACACAGUGGUGCUCUCGGUAUCUGUGUUUGGGCUGGCUCUGAGCUGUCUGGAGCAGGAUAGGUAUUUUUCAUCUAUCUGAAUGUGGAGUCCUAAAGGAACUGUCAUUGUCAGAAUUGAGCAGAUAUCAUUAUUGAAGGCUACAGAAGGCUAUUUAACAUUCCUCUUUCUAACAUACCCUCUUGGAACAUCCYACUUCACUGGUCAUCCAAAUCCUCUAUAACAGAAUAGACUGGAGAGGGAAUAAUUUUGCGUUGCUUGUCCCUUUUUGUCCCUUGCUUUUCUGUCUUUUAGUCUCACUGAGAAAGGGACAGAUGAGAUUCAGUAUUCAGGAAAAUAAGUGUUAACCACACGGACUGCAAAUAACUUAUUUUCAGCACAGGCUUGCAGAGGGUUGUCUGACUUGAAAUGUGCUGCCAUGUACAUUUCUCUGUCAUCCCGUUUAGCUCUGCAGAGGGUUCCCAUCACUAAUCAAAACAUCUGUAAUUAUGAAGUGGUCUAAGACUGACUCUGCUUUAAGCUGUGCUUUCCCUCCUAACAUUAACACCAAAGGUCAGUAGAGGGAAGCAACCUAYGUCUCCUGGUGGGUAAAGCUCUUUAGACAGAACCUAUAGGGUGAUUCUGGUAGCUUAUGUGGACUAGACUCAUAUUCAAGGUAUAACUGUGUGAAAAUACAUUUUUAAACUAGCUCCUUGAUAUAUUUUCAUUGCUUUUUGUCUCUGUGCAGUUACAGACGGUGCUGUUGUCUCAUUCACUAUGACCCUAUUGCUGCUUCUGCCUGUGAUUUUCAGUGUUGUGACUUGGGGCUUGUCCCCGUGAUCUUCUUAAUCAGUGUAACUGCCUACCUCAACCUUACUAUUCACAAAGUAAGAUACACUCAKAGUUCUCCAAGUGCAUUCUUCAUUAUCCAUUCUCUGAUGAAUUCUAUUCUCUAUACAUUCUUCAUUUCUUCAUUAGGGCAAGCAUACACUUUGAGAUUUGAGAAAUACAGUGAAUCAUCUGAAUGUCAGCCAGUCUGCCUUGUUGGAGGGCUCUUUUGUCUUCUUUUAAAUGUCCUUGUUAAUUUUUCUGAGGUUCCUGAUUUGUUGUGCAUUCAAAUACAGUCCUGUAUAGACCCUACCUCCCACUGCAUUGUCAGGCUGUAAUGAAGACACUUCUGAGUAUAUGCCAGAAAUAGCAUGUGCAAGGAGAGAAAAAUGCAAUUUUCUUUUUUUUUUUCUGUAACCAUGCUGUUUUCUAGUCAGUACAUUUCCCUUUUGUGAUUAUAAAUGGAUGUGAACAUGCUUUACAUUAUCUUGUCUCUCCCCAUUAAAAUCGUCUGAGUUAAAAAAAGCUUUUCAAACAACACUACCAAAACACUUAACAUUUUAGAGCCACAUAACCUCUUCUGCCUUUGAAAAAAGUGAGCUUAGAGAAAGCAGUACUGACUCUUUCAUGUGAAAACAGCUCUGAAAACCCAAGAAAAAUGGUUGGUAAGAAUUGUCUCAAUACAGAACAUGAAACUACGAGUCCGUUGCCUUUUCAGUGAUACCCGGUCAAGACAUAUUUGCGAGUCAGUGAGAUCUCUGUUUGGAAAAAGGGGAAGCUUUUCCCCUUUCCAUCUGCUUAGAUUUAUCCAAAAUGUGAGACUUGCCCCUUUGGGUAUCUUCUUGUGCUAGAAGAUCUUUUUAAAUGUAACAGUGAGGACUGGCUGUUCACUACCCCUUUGUGUUUGUAAAGCACCUUGUUAAAGGAUGGAAGAGUUAGACCUCUUGCAGACAUUGAUAAUUAUCAGCAGAUUCAAGGGCUUUCACUAAAAAACACCUGCAGAAAUCAGCAGUGAGCAGCCCGGUGCCAGAAAGUCAAGCAAGGGAGAAGGGGUUAAAUACUGUUCCUGGCCAUCUGCAGAAUAUACAUAUAUAUAUUUUUAUAUAGAAAAUUAAGCCUUCUAAAAGCUGAGUGUCUUGAGAUUGACAUUUAACUAUAGACCUAGAGACUGUACUCAAAACAAGGACUACAUUAAGCUCUGCCUCUUUACAGUCUUGCUCUGAAAGCUGACAUAGGUGACUCAGUCCUAUAGUUCCCCCUUGGGACGCAUAGACUUGGGGUUGCCCUAUACUUGAAUUGU